ACUAGUGAUGCAUAUGCUAAACCAAGUUAACAGUCUGAGCUCUGGGAGUAUAUAGAAUACAGUCGUGGAGCAUUCUAAACUUUAGGUAGUAACUCCCUCCGGGACACGUGGAAGCCGACACUUGUAUAUAUUCGAAGCCUGAAGAACCCUAAGCCCUCACUUGCUCGGGAUUUUACUUUACUCUCUCACGGUAGCACCAGACACACAACUCUAGAUCUAUUGUUUUUCGAUUCAAGAUAUUUGAGAUUGAAGAUGGUGUCUGACGCCAGCAAGAAGAAGGCUGCGCAGAAGAAGGCGGCCGCAGCGGCCAAGAGAGGAGGCAAAGCAGCAGCUGCUGCUGCUUCGUCCAAAACGACGUCGUCGGAGAAGCUUGCCGACGGAAUUAGGGACAUUCAGAUUUCCGAUCGAACCUGCACCGGUGUCCUCUGCUCGCAUCCUCUUUCCAGGGAUAUUAGGAUAGAAUCUAUGUCAGUUACUUUCCAUGGACAUGAUUUGAUAGUUGAUUCCGAAUUGGAGCUUAAUUACGGAAGACGUUAUGGCUUGCUUGGAUUAAAUGGUUGUGGGAAGUCUACCCUGCUUACGGCAAUAGGUUGUCGAGAGCUACCUAUUCCAGACCACAUGGAUAUUUAUCACCUUACCAGAGAAAUUGAAGCCUCUGACAUGUCUGCAUUGGAGGCUGUCAUAAGCUGUGAUGAGGAAAGGUUGAGUUUGGAGAAAGAAGCUGAAGCUUUGGCAGCGCAGGAUGAUGGGGGUGGGGAAGCUCUUGAACGUAUUUAUGAACGAUUGGAAGCCAUUGAUGCAUCAACUGCAGAAAAGCGUGCCGCUGAAAAUUUAUUUGGUCUUGGUUUCAACAAGCAGAUGCAAGCAAAGAAGACACGUGAUUUUUCUGGUGGCUGGAGAAUGAGGAUUGCUUUAGCACGUGCUCUAUUUAUGAACCCUACCAUUCUUUUACUUGAUGAACCAACCAAUCACCUUGACCUGGAAGCUUGUGUGUGGCUGGAAGAGAAUCUGAAGAAGUUUGACCGUAUUCUGGUUGUGGUUUCACACUCCCAGGAUUUCCUUAAUGGUGUCUGCACAAAUAUCAUUCACAUGCAAAACAAGAAGCUGAAGCUCUACACUGGUAAUUAUGAUCAAUAUGUUCAGACACGUUCUGAACUGGAAGAGAACCAGAUGAAGCAGUACAAAUGGGAGCAGGAGCAAAUUGCCUCGAUGAAGGAAUACAUUGCUCGAUUUGGUCAUGGAUCAGCAAAACUAGCUCGCCAAGCUCAGAGUAAAGAGAAAACUCUUGCAAAAAUGGAGCGGGGUGGACUUGCAGAGAAGGUGGUAAGAGACAAAGUUUUGGUAUUCCGCUUUGUUGAUGUGGGAAAACUUCCCCCGCCUGUCCUCCAGUUUGUUGAGGUGACAUUUGGGUACACGCCAGAUAAUCUGAUCUACAAGAAGCUUGACUUUGGUGUUGAUUUAGACUCUAGGAUUGCUCUGGUUGGACCCAACGGAGCUGGGAAGAGUACGUUACUGAAGCUAAUGACUGGUGAUUUGGAACCUCUAGAUGGCAUGGUUCGACGCCACAAUCACCUUCGGAUCGCACAAUUUCACCAGCACUUGGCUGAAAAGCUAGACUUGGAAAUUUCUGCCCUCCAGUUUAUGAUAAAAGAAUACCCUGGAAACGAGGAGGAGAGGAUGAGAGCAGCCAUUGGGAAAUUUGGACUAUCCGGUAAAGCGCAGGUGAUGCCUAUGAAGAAUUUAUCUGAUGGGCAGAGGAGCCGCGUGAUAUUCGCAUGGUUAGCUUAUAGACAGCCUCACCUGCUACUUUUGGAUGAGCCAACGAAUCAUUUGGAUAUUGAAACAAUUGACUCAUUGGCCGAGGCAUUGAAUGAAUGGGAUGGUGGCAUGGUGCUUGUUAGCCAUGAUUUUAGGCUCAUAAAUCAGGUGGCCCAUGAGAUAUGGGUGUGUGCUGAUCAAGCUGUGACCAGAUGGGAAGGUGACAUUAUGGAUUUCAAGGAGCACCUAAGGUCAAAGGCGGGUUUAUCUGACUGAAGAAAAUAGUGGGACAGGGACACUCCAGCAUAUGCAUGUCAUCACCAUCUAAGGACUACGUUACGUACUGUAAGUUAGGUGGAUUUCUCCAUGGCGAUUGUAGUUUUUAUUUAAAUGGCUCUGCAGAGAAAUCGGUGUAGAAAUCAUGUCCUUCCCCGUUAGAUUGUAGUAAUUUGUAUUUUCAUCAUUUAGUUGCUUGGUUGCUGACCAGCAUGAUAGAUAGCAGGGGACCUUAUGUAAUGUGAAUGAUAUGUACCUACCGAGAGUUUUAUAUUGACUGCACUAGUUUCCUCUGCCUCU